GGCUUAUAUAUAUAUGUAUUCUAUCGUUCUUCUUCGAUCGGAAUCGGAUUGUAGACUGUCCGACUCUGUCGUUCAUCGGAGAUUUAAAUUCGCCAUGGACAGGUCACAGUUUAUCCUGAUAGGUUUACCUAUAUUCUUGUUCUGUUCGGAUCUCUUCAACCUUUUCACUCCUCCGCCUCCGAAACCUCCGAGUCACCGUCCCAAUCAGCCACCGCACAUCCCUCACCAGCAGCGUCCGCCUGUGGUCGUUCCUGGAACUCUAGAUUUUCCUUCGCAGAAGCCAAGUGGGUUAGGAGCAGUUGGAUAUGGAAACACCGUGGAGAUCAACUUCUGCAUCUCCUGUUCUUUCAAGGGAACUGCAGUGACUAUGAAGAAGAUGUUAGAAACGGCUUUCCCCGGUUUAGAUGUAGUUCUUGCAAACUACCCACCGCCAGCACCAAAGCGUCUUCUAGCCAAGGUUGUGCCUGUUGCUCAGAUGGGAGUUAUCGGGAUGAUAGUUGCGGGUGAUCGUAUCUUUCCCAUGAUUGGUAUUGCGCACCCACCUGCUUGGUUCAACUCCUUGAGGGCCAAUAGGUUUGGAUCCAUGGCUUCCACUUGGCUUCUCGGAAACUUUCUGCAGUCUUACCUUCAAAGCUCAGGGGCUUUUGAAGUUCUCUGCAACGGGGAACUGGUGUUCUCUAAAUUGAAAGAAGGUAGAUUCCCGGGAGAGAUCGAGCUGAGAGAUCUCAUCAGUAAAGCUUUGACAAAACCUAGCGUUGUCACUGGUAGCUACUGAAGUAGUAUCAUUAGUCGAAAGAAGAUUUCGACAUGAAAGGGUAUAGAAAGACGAAGACGGUGUUUUGAUCUCAUGUGCCAAAAAGCAAACGUUGUGUUUUUAGUUAACAUCAUGUUUUGUACCUUGUUCAUUUGGUUUUGAUUGAAUUUUACUCUCUGGUUCA